UGGUCGAGGAGACGAGGGCAAAGCGUGCGUCUGUAUGAAAGUGUGAGAAAAGAAACAAAAGAAGAAGUUGGACACGUUCCCGUCUUUUACAACAAUUGUAUUUUAUUCACCCGAAGUUGUGCUUUGGACGGCCUGCAGAGAUGAUGACCAUAACCCAAAUGGAGAGCACCGUGUGCUACAACAACGGCUACGAGGAUGAGUAUAUGCUUCAGGAGGAUGAGUGGGACCGGGACAUGCUGCUUGACCCGGCAUGGGAGCAACAGCAGAGGAAAACUUUUACUGCUUGGUGCAAUUCCCACCUGAGAAAAGCUGGUACUCAAAUUGAAAACAUCGAAGAAGACUUAAGAAAUGGACUGAAACUCAUGCUUCUUCUGGAAGUGAUCUCAGGUGAGAGAUUACCAAAACCGGACAGAGGAAAGAUGCGCUUUCACAAGAUUGCCAACGUCAACAAAGCACUGGACUUUAUCACGAGCAAAGGGGUAAAACUGGUAUCUAUCGGAGCUGAAGAGAUUGUAGAUGGAAAUGUAAAGAUGACCCUUGGAAUGAUAUGGACAAUAAUUCUCCGCUUUGCCAUUCAGGACAUUUCUGUUGAAGAAACAUCUGCCAAAGAGGGUCUCCUCUUGUGGUGUCAGAGAAAGACUGCCCCCUACAGGAAUGUCAAUGUCCAAAACUUCCACGUCAGCUGGAAGGAUGGCCUGGCCUUCUGCGCCCUGAUUCACAGACACAGACCUGACCUGCUCGACUACUCUAAGCUCAGCAAGGAUGAUCCUCUGGGGAACCUGAACCUGGCUUUUGAACUAGCCGAGAAACACCUGGACAUUCCCAAAAUGCUCGAUGCAGAAGAUAUCAUCAACACCCCUAAGCCUGAUGAAAGAGCCAUUAUGACCUACGUGUCCUGCUUCUAUCAUGCCUUUGCUGGUGCAGAGCAGGCCGAGACAGCUGCUAACAGAAUCUGUAAGGUGCUAGGUGUAAACCAAGAGAAUGAGAAGCUGAUGGAAGAGUAUGAGAGGCUGGCCAGCCAGCUGCUAGAGUGGAUUCGCCGCACCACUCCCUGGCUGGAGAACCGGACCCCAGAGAAGACCAUGGCAGAGAUGCAGAGGAAGCUGGAGGACUUCCGGGACUACAGGCGCCAGCACAAGCCUCCCAAGGUGCAGGAAAAGUGCCAGCUGGAAAUCAACUUUAACACCCUGCAGACCAAGUUGCGCAUCAGCAACCGACCUGCCUUCAUGCCCUCCGAGGGGAAAAUGGUGUCUGAUAUUGCCACAGCAUGGCAGGGCUUGGAGCACGCGGAGAAAGGCUACGAGGAGUGGCUCCUCACAGAGAUUCGCAGAUUAGAGAGACUGGACCACCUGGCUGAAAAGUUUCGCCAGAAAGCCACCAAUCAUGAAAACUGGGCCAGCGGCAAAGAAAUGUUGCUCUCCCUGAAGGAUUACGAAACCGCUACCCUGACACAAAUAAAAGCAAUGCUUCGGAAACACGAGGCCUUUGAGAGCGACUUGGCAGCUCACCAGGACAGAGUGGAGCAGAUUGCCGCCAUUGCACAGGAGCUCAACGAGCUGGAUUACCACGAUGUGGCAGCUGUGAACCAGCGGUGCCAGAGCAUCUGUGACUUAUGGGACAGACUAGGAACCCUCACCCAGAAAAGGAGGGAGGCAUUGGAGCGUACAGAUAAGUUGCUGGAGACCAUCGAUCAGUUGUUUCUGGAGUUUGCCAAGCGCUCGGCUCCUUUCAACAACUGGAUGGAGGGUGCCAUGGAAGACCUCCAGGACAUGUUUAUGGUCCACACUAUAGAUGAAGUCCAGAGUCUAAUUGCAGCUCACGAGCAGUUCAAAGCGACUCUCCCGGAGGCGGAUGCUGAGCGACAGGCCAUCCUGGGAAUCCACAAUGAGGUGCAGAAAAUCUCCCAGAGCUACGGGAUCAAGGCCAACAUUAUCAACCCUUACAGUACCAUCACGACCGACGAGCUCCUCGUCAAAUGGGACAAGGUUAAGAAGUUGGUUCCUCAGAGAGACAGUGCCAUGCAAGAAGAGCUGGCACGCCAGCAUGCCCAUGAAAGGUUGAGGCGGCAGUUUGCCGCUCAGGCUAAUCUAAUUGGACCAUGGAUCCAGGCCAGGAUGGAGGAGAUUGGACGCUGCUCCCUGGAGAUAGGGGGCACCUUGGAGGACCAGAUGACCCAACUGAAGCAGUGCGAGCAUGUCAUUGUUGCUUACAAGCCCAACAUUGACAAACUGGAGGGAGACCACCAACUCAUCCAGGAGUCACUGGUGUUUGACAACAAACACAGUAACUACACUAUGGAGCAUAUCCGUGUUGGCUGGGAGCUGCUCCUCACAACGAUUGCCCGCACCAUCAACGAGAUUGAAACUCAGAUCCUGACCCGCGACGCCAAAGGCAUCAGCCAGCAACAGAUGAACGAAUUCAGAUCUUCUUUCAACCAUUUUGAUCGGAAAAAGAAUGGUGCCAUGGAAACAGAUGACUUCCGAGCCUGCCUAAUUUCAAUGGGCUAUGAUUUGGGUGAGGUUGAGUUCGCCCGCAUAAUGAUCCUCGUCGACCCCAACGGCACUGGAAUCGUGUCCUUCCAGUCUUUCAUUGACUUUAUGACUCGAGAAACUGCUGAUACUGACACUGCCGAGCAAGUUGUGGCAUCCUUCCGGAUUCUGGCGGCUGAUAAGCCCUACAUCCUGGUGGAGGAGCUGAGGAGAGAACUUCCACCCGAGCAAGCCGAAUAUUGCAUCAUGAGGAUGCCGCCUUACAAGGUCCCAGGAGCGCCACCGGGAGCGCUGGACUACACAGCUUUCUCCACCGCCCUCUACGGAGAGAGCGAUCUCUAACCCCUUGCCUGGCAUCCUCCGACCAUGAUCCUUUUCUUGAUUUAGGAAGUUAGGAAAUGUGUAAUGAAAGGAGGUUCAAGUGUGUUGAUUAUUUAGGUUGAUUCAUAAGAGGUGCCUGCUAGAUUCACUGAAAUAUUCAUAUACGGAAUACCAUGCAUUGUUUUUAGUACGUGCAGUUACCCUUUGGGGAGAUCAUAAACACUCAGAGCUUGAAACAAUCUUUAAAAUGGAUUUUAAUAUCUUUUAGAGCAGAUCUGUUAUAGAUUUAAAUCACUUCAACAUACACCCCCACGCACACAACCUCGAAUAGUUCCUGGUUUAAACACUGUCUAUGGCUUGCUUUGGAAAGAGAAAACAAGAAUCAAGAAUUUGCGCAAAUUGAUUUCUUGUCUUGCUGAAAUUAGCACCUGUCAAUAAACAAAAGUGGCUCUGGAUCACCCACGGAGAAACAUUGUAAACAGUUGCCACGUUCACAUGGAGGCAAAUAUUCCAAUUACAAUUGGUUUAGAUGUUCAAACCGAAUAAAUGUGUUCCAUAUAAACACCUCAUUCGGAAUGAACAGGCCCAAACCGAAUGGAAUUUCAUUCCGAUUCACAGGGGUGGAAUAUUCCUUUUCCCAAACCGAUUAGAAGUAAAAUUAUAUCAUGUAAACAGGGAAGUGGAAUGGUGUCUGGUUGCGUUCUUUCUGCACAUGCUCCGUACUGACGUGGUGACGUCACUUGGUGACGUAAGUAACGUCACUUGCACAGCGCACCUAAUUGGAGUCCGGCGGAAAGUAUAUCCAUGAAUCCCUCCACCAGCCCACACAACUUUUUAAAUGAACGGCGUGUCAUUCUGAAGUUUUGUUUCCACUCGAAAAGUUAAAACAGCAGCUGAUCUGACGAUCGAUCUCCAUGUUUUGCAACGUGACGCUUUGUUUUGAUUAAUCGGCGCAUGUCAGACGGCAGUUGUCAAACGGCCUUUCGGAAUAAAGGCAGACACAUGUAAACGCUGGAUCGGAAUAGAUGAAGUGACAUGUAAACAGCUGAUCUGAAAUUUCCAUUCGGAAUGAUUUGAAUCGGUAUGAAUAAAAGUCAGCAUGUAAACGUAGCUAUUGUUUAUCAAGAGAAGGAACAGCCUGCUCAGACAUAUUUUCGGAAUUAGGUAGGCAUGAAAAAUUUUCCUUCCACGAAUACAAUUAUGAAAUAAAAUCAAUUAUCCAUUUGUCUUCCAUAAGUAAUUUGAAAAAGCAAUUGGACAUAUACUAGUACAUAAUGAUUUCUCACCACCCCCCAAAAUUACAAAUGAAUGCAAAAGUUAAGCAUUUAACAUUAAUUAUGCUUUGAACGAAUUCAGACACAAAUCCACGCAAAAUUGUAUGAGAUUAAUAACAAAAAACCUCUGUGGGCAAAUGUUUUUAUUGUAAACCUAUGUGCUGAUUCAAUGGUACAUGUUUCAAUUUGUAUUUCUGUUUAGGUUCACACUCAUUCAAACUGAUUUGGCCAAUAACACAGAUGUAUUGGUCUUGUGUUACAUUUCAUUGUAUCCAAGGAUGAAAAUUAAAUA